AUGGAUAAUGAUAACAUUAUUUUGGAAAUUUUCACAAAUACGGAUUUGGAAAAACUUAAUGAUCUAAAAUCAUCCAAAACUAUUAUUACUGAACAAAAAAUCAGAUAUGAUUGGUCGCAAACAAAUAAUUUCGUUUUUUUUACCAUUUAUCAAAAAAAUGUCCAAAAAGACAAUUUUUUAUAUUAUAUUAAAUCAGAUCAUAUAUUCCUAAUAAUAAAAAUUAGCGAAACUGAAAUAUAUCCUCUUGAAAAAAUAUUUUUUUCAAAAAUCAUUCCAUCUAAAACAGCUAUUACCAUAACUCCAAUGAAAAUUGAACUAUCACUUGAAAAAAAUAUAAAAGAACUAAAGUGGGAUAUGCUUGAAAAAAAAACAAAUGCUGAUAUAACAGAAAAAGACCAAAAUAUUUUGAAUCCAUUUACUGGUAAAAGUAUACAAGAAUGGACAAAAUUUGCACAAUCCAUAGGCGAAGAUGAAAAUAAUCAAUCCAUAGAUCAUUUUUUUCGAAAAAUUUAUAAAGAUGGUGAUGAUGAUUUAAAACGCGCCAUGGUUAAAUCAUUCCAAACCUCAAACGGAACCGUUUUAUCAACAAAUUGGAAAGAUGUCCAAAAUAAAAAUUAUGAACAAGAAAAAAAUAACAAAUUAACAAAAUAA